GAAUGCAAUUCCGCUAUGGCGCUCUUUCACGAGCGCGAACGGCAAGACGCUUGAGCUGCCGCGCUGCGGGUUUCAAGGUAUGGCGCCAGCAUCUGUGCCGCGUUGGGCAGCAGGAUUUCGCUGCGAUGGAUCUUGUUUCCGCGCUCAAGGCGUGUGGCAGCUUGGGGGAUCUGGAUUCCGGCAGGAAAGCGCACCUCGCGGCUCUUGAGAACGGGCGAUGGUGGAAGCCCAAGGCGUGUUUGACGCGAUGGAUUCUCGCGACGUGGUCUCGUGGAACGCUUUGAUCGCGGGGUAUGUGGAGAAUGGACAGACUAUGGCGUGUGUGGAUUUGGCUGCGGACGAAGCCGGCCAAAGAAUUGGUGACGAGGGAAGAGUGGUGAAGCUAAAGUUUCUGGAAGAAACCAUGGCUGUGCACUCUCGGGCUCGACAGAUGAAACUGGACGCUGCGAUCUUUGUUGGAAACGCUCUGGUGAAUUCAUACGCAAAGUGUGGAAGCCUGAUGGACGCUCGACGAGUGUUUGACGAGAACGACGAGUUUGCCAUCGCUUUGGAGCUCUUUUCACUGGCAUUGUUUCGUGAUGCUCGGACUGUCGUGGCUGCUCUCAUGGCUUGUGGAAGCCUGGCCUUGGCAACAGGAAAAGAAGAGCUUGAUCGACGUAAGGUUUUGGAGAAAGCCAUGGCUGUUCACUCCCAGUGUGGAAAGCACAGGGAUAUCUUCGUCGAGAACACUCUGGUGGAUGCUUACGCCAAGUGCGGCAGCAUGAUCGAUUCGAGGAAGGUAUUCGAUAACAUGCAGCGUCACAGUGUUGUUUCAUGGAACGCUCUAAUGCUUGGCUAUGUAGAGAACGGGGAGGACGAGCUGGCUCUCGAGCUCUUUGAGGCCAUGCGAGUUGCAAAGUUGAUACAGCCGGAUGCUAGGACGUUUGUGGCUGCUUCUAUGGCCUGUGCUGGGCUAUCAGCAAGUGAACAAAGCUGUGAACUCGACGGCAAAAUGGUGAAGACGCUUUGCACAGAGAAAGGAACCAGGAUACAUCUUCAAGCUCGAGAUUGUGGCUUUGAUUCGGAACUCUUCGUGGCCAAUGCUCUGAUUGACAUGUACGCGAAGUGUGGAAGCAUAAACGACGCCAGGAAAGUUUUUACCGGUUUGAAACAUCCUGACGUCGUUUCGUGGACAUCACUGCUACAGGGAUACGCGGAAGAUGGUGGUGGUGGUGAGCUUGCUUUGGAGGUUUUUCAAAGACUGGAGCAAACCUCAGGUUGUGUGUUGAAUUCUCGGGCUUUUGUCGCUGCUCUAAUGGCUUGUUCCAGUUUGGCAGCAAAAGAGCAGGGACGAAAAGUCGAUGGAAAGCUCGUGAAACUCAACUCCCUGGAGAAAUCCUUGGAAAUCCACUCAGCAGCUGCGAGAAACUUGUGUGACUCGGACAUCUUUGUCAGCAAUGCUCUGGUAAGUCUCUACUCAAAUUGUGGAUUCAUGCUGGGUUCUCGGACAGUGUUUGACAGGAUGAAAGCUCACGACUGUGUCUCGUGGAACUCGUUGAUCCUGGGAUACGUCCAGAAUGGCGAGAGCUCCCUCGCUUUGGAUCUCUUCGAGUGCCGCAACUUCCAGAAAAACUCCCGGGCAUUCGUCGCCGCUCUCGCAGCUUGCGCAGCUCUUGCCGCUCGAGAAGAUGCAGAAUUCGUGGCCGGAAAGCUCGUGAAGCUCAAGAGCCUGGAAAGAGGCAUGGCGAUUCACUCGAGCGCCAGGAAUUGCGACUGGUGGGAAUCGAACUCCGGCAAUACUUUCCUCACGAACAGCCUCUUUCACAUGUACUCCAAGUGUGGGAGCUUGGAAGAUGCUCAACGGAUCUUUGACCUUGACCGUGGUCAAGGCCUUGGUAGGUUGACGUGGAAAGAGCUCGUCCAAGCUUACGUGGAGAAUGGUGAGAGUGACCUGGCUCUUGGGAUAUUUGCUCAUGUGGUUAAACUGGAGUGUGACGCCGGUGCUUUGCUUGCUGGGCUCAUGGCCUGUGGUAACUUGGUAAAUCUAGAGACUGGGAAAUGGAUCCAGGGGGAAAUUUACCGCCGUGGCUAUGAGAAAGUUACUGACAUCGUAACUGGCAUGGUUAGUUUUUACUCCAAAUGCGGUGGGAGGAUGGGGAAUGCCCGCCACGUUUUUGACCAGGCUUGGAUCCUCGACAGUGUUCUCUGGAAUUCCCUUAUAUGCGGAUAUUCUAGAGAGGGUGAAAUUAAAGUUACGCUUGAUUUACUCUACCAUAUGCGAGGAGAAGGUUAUCACCCAGACGGGGUAACUUUCCUCUCCAUUCUCAAUGCUUGCUGCCACGCUGGACUGGUGGACAGGGCCGAGCAUGUGUUCCGGGUGGUGAUGUGUCAAGAAUGCGGCGUUGUGCCGUCUGUCCAACACUACACGUGUAUGGUGGAUCUGUUUGGCCGCACAAACCAGCUUGACAAGGCGCUGAGAUUGGUGGAGGAAAUGCCACACAAGCCGGACAAGGUGACGUGGCUGUCAUUGCUGAGCGCGUCUAGAACGUGGAAGAAUGCUGGCGUGGGCAAGGUUGCAUUUGAGAAGGUGAUGACGUUCGACAAAGAAGAGGCUGCGGCUUACUCGCUAAUGGCAAACUUAAUGGGUGGGGAGUGACUAAAUACCGAAGUUCCACUAUAUAGCUAGUAAAAAUGUAAAUAUUGUUUUUAAUGUAUUAGGUACAUAUA